AUGAAUUCAGCGUAUAACUUCCCCAAUGACGAGAGCGAGAUUAAUCGCCUUGACUUGACCCAUAGCAUGCAAGUCAAGGCAAUUGGCUAUGAACUUUACCUCGCACCUCUGAAGCCCGAAAUACAACGCAUUCUCGAUUGCGGUACUGGAACCGGCAUUUGGGCCAUUGAGAUGGCAGACUUCUUUCCCAACGCCGAACGCAAGGUGCCACCGAACGUGAAAUUCGAAAUUGACGACCUCGAAGAUACGUGGGUCGGCAACCAGCCCUACGACUUCAUCUUCAGCCGGUACAUGGCCGCAUCGCUCACCGACUGGCCUAAAUACGUGAGAAACAUCUACGACAAUGUCAAGCCCAGCGGCUGGGCCGAGUUCCAGGACUACAACUUUAUGCUGGACUGCGACGACGGCACGCUGGAGGGCACGGAGGUCUGGCGCUGGAACGACCUGAUGAUGGACACCUGCAAGAUGCUCAACCGCGAGGCCGCCCCGGGCCCGAAGCUGGAGGACUGGGUCAGGGCGACCGGGUUCCGCAACGUGCGCCGCCAGGACUUCAAAGUGCCCCUGGGUCCGUGGGCGAAGGAUCCGCACUUGAGGGAUGUGGGCAUGUGUAAUCUGGUGCAAACGCUGGACGGGCUUGAGGGGUUCACGAUGAAGCUCUUUUGCGGCGUUCGUGGGUGGAAACCGGAGGAGGUGCUGGUGUUUCUGGCCGGGGUUCGUAAAGAGCUCAAGGCUGGUAACAUUCACGGUUACCUCAACUAUUAUGUUGUUUAUGGACAGAAGCCUGAGGGCCAAGAGGAAUGA